CAAGAACCUAGUGAUUCCAGCCAUGAAAGCCUUCGACAAUACAUUAACUCUCUCUGGGUCAUUUCCAUUCUACUCCAGGUCCUCUGCAUCUCUCCCCGCAUCCCCUUCCUCCUCAUCUGAACACUCAGCAUCAGACCAGGCUGCAACAACAACACCCCAAUGUCAUGGGACCUUGUCAAAUGGGCUGCAUCCACAAGUUCCCCCUGUUGCUUCUUCUUCCUCUUCAGAUGCAGAGAGGGUCCUCUCCAGAGCCGAGCACGUCCUGCAAGGUGUCCGCCUGGAGGUCCGUCCGGGACCUCCCCGCGACCAAAAGAAGGUGCUCCUCUAUGGCCUGAGUCCCCAGAGCAGCCAGGACUUGGUGGAGCUGUACGUGGAGCACAUGCUGAAGUGCGACCGGGGCGCCUACUCCCUCUUCCGCAGCCCGGAUGGCAGGCAGGCCCUCGUUCAACUCCAGCGGCCCAUCAGCCACGCAGAGUUCCUGUCGCUGGCGGAGCAGGUGGGGGGCCGCCCACUGGAGGGGUCCACGCUGUGCCUGGAGUGGCUGGAGCAGACGGAGAGCUUGCUGGUGCGCAGCCAAGGCGGGAAGGAGCCCCUGCAGAAGGACCUGCUGGAGCUCUACUUCGAGAGCAAGCGCAGCGGAGGGGGGCCCGUGCGUGAGGUACACCUCCUCCCGGGAGGCCUCACUGCCAUCGUCACCUUCCAGGAGCGGGAAACGGUGGAGAGGGUCCUGCAGCAGGGCUCCCACCAGCUCCCAGGGGUCGCCUUGGAUGUCUGUCCUCACUACGACUUCCUGGAGCCCCCACAAGAGAAGGAGAAGGAGGAAGAGGAGGAGGAAGUGUGGGAAGUGCCCAAUGGAGGAGAAGCGGAAGGGGGCAUGGAGGCCUUGCCAGAGGAGGCCCCCCAGCUGACCUGGAUCUCUCUCCCGGAGGAGGUCCCCCCACGCCUGCUGCAGUCCGACCUGGUCUUGCAAGAACUAACCUCUCCAGUGCCGGAGUGCUCCUUGCGCCUGGAGGGGCUCCAGCUGUGCAUCUCGGGGGGAGACUCCACUACACGCUCCCGGCUGGAGGCCCACAUCCGAGGGGUCUUGCGGGAGACCGUCAUGGAGCUCGUGCCCCUCCCCGACUGGACAACGGCAGACUUCCUGCGACGGGAGGACGUCCAGCAGGGUUUGGCGGAGCGACUGGCAGAGCGACGGGUGGCGGCCUGCUUCCUGCCUCCGGACAAGAGCGGGGUCUCGGUCACAGUGGUGGCUCUGACGGCGUUCCAGGCGCGGCAAGCGGCUUCCCUGCUGGGCUCUUUCCUACGGCGCUUCUCGCUCCCGCUCUUGGAGCGGCACCUGCCGGCCCUGGCCUCCUCCGCCUGGGAGCGCCUGCAAGCGGAGCUGCGGCUGUGCCUCCUGCGCCCAGCCGAGGAUGGGACCCGGCUGGAGGGGGUGGCGGUGUCCGGCCUGGAGGACGAGAACGCGGAGCGGGCAGAGGCCUUCUUGCGGGAGAGUGCCCCCGACGAGACCCUGGUAGCCAUGGAGCCCGGCCAGCUGCGCUUCCUGCAGCUCUAUCAUCGGGAGGUGCUGGCCGGGCUGACCCACCUGGCCCCACUGCCCAUCGAGGGGAAGGAC